UUUAUAACAUGUGGAUAAUACAAUCAUGAUAUACUUGAGCUAUUUGUCAUGCUCUUCAUAUUCAAAAUGAAAUAGUUGUGUGAACUACAGAAGAAAAUGACUAGUCCCCAAGGUCAUCAAAGUGUACUUGCUGUACUUUAGUGCAUGCACAGUGACAUUUUAUACAGAGAUGAUUUGGAAUUUGGACUAAAGGACUCCAUACAGUACCACUAAUCUCGAAUGACUGGGUCAACAUGAGUUCUAAAGUUGCUUUAGUACUUGGUGCAUCUCGUGGAAUCGGUCGUCAAAUUGCUCUUUCCCUAGCAGAAAAUGGCUACAAAGUUGGUGUAGCAUCCAAAACAACUGCCCAAACUGCCUCACUUCCAGGGACGAUACAUAGUGUGACAGCAGAGAUCGAGGAUGCUGGUGGGAAGGCAGUUGCUAUUAAAUGUGAUUGCCGCAAUCCGUCAGAGAUAGAUGGGGCUGUUGAUACUUGUAUCGAGACAUUUGGAAAGUUGGACUAUGCAAUUUAUAAUGCUGGAGCAAUCUUAUGGAAGCCCGUUAUUGAUACCCCUUUAAAGAGGUAUGACCUGAUGCACUCGGUGAAUGUAAGAGGUGCUUAUGUUAUGGUCCAGAAGGUGCUACCAUACUUCAUAGAACAAGGGUCUGGGAAGAUACUUCUUGUAGCACCACCUAUAUACAGCAGGUUCUUCAAAGGCAAAACACCAUAUUCAAUCACAAAGGUUGGGAUGACAGUUCUUGUACAUGGACUUGCUAAUGAGCUCAAGGGCACGGGUGUAAGUGUGACAGCCCUAUGGCCAGCUACUGGUAUUGAGAGCUUUGUGACCCAGCAACAAAAUGUCCCCCAAGAUGUGAUGCGUAAAUCAACAAUAUUUGCUGAUGCUUGCCUUGAAAUUGGUAAAGAUGAUGCCCAAAGUUUGAAUGGUGAAGCUUUAUUAGAUGAGGACUACUUGCACAGCAAGGGGGUAACAGACUUCAGUGUAUACAGAUGUAACCCUGAUGUUGAACCUCCAAGGAUGAUGCCUAGGAAGUUCCCAUCAUUGUUGGUUGAGGAAGAUGAAAGUCUUAAAUUAAUAAAACCCAAGAACCAAUCAAAACUUUAAAUGCAAGUGUAAAGGCAUUUUCCAGAGGACUGACAUUGACUCAUUUAGUCUCCUCAAUAACUGCAGAAACAGUUUGACAAACUUAUUGUGCCCUACAUUAUCAGUAUUGCAUGGAAAGUUUUUUGCUUUGUCUACAAUUACUACUAUACGAGUAUUACUAUGAAGAAAAAUUGAGAAAUAAACAAAACUUCUAUGUUAUUUUCAUGUA